CGCUUAAUAACAAUCACCAUGGCCGGCGGCGGAAGCAGAUACCGCCACUUGAGCCGCGACUCCGCGCAUCGACAGGCCCUGCUCCGAAACCUGGUCACCUCCCUCUUCGAGCAUGAGUCAAUUACUACGACAUGGCCCAAGGCCAAAGAGGCCCAGCGUCUGGCCGAGAAGUUGAUUACCCUGGGAAAGAAGAACACCGAAGCGAGUCGGCGACGGGCAUUGGAGAUUUUCUACACACCACAUGAAAUGCUCCCCAAACUCUUCGGUCCCCUCCGCGAGCGCUACGCAGACCGACCAGGCGGUUACACACGAGUCUUACGCGUAGAACCCCGCGAAAAGAACGAGUACUUCUCCCCCAAGAAGGGCGACAAAAACGCCAUCCGAGAGCCUAAACCCCAGGUCAAGGCUCCCACCGCCAUCCUCGAGCUGGUCGAUGGGCCAAAGGACAUGCGUUUCGCCAUGACGGCGCGUACAGUGGCGCGCGAGCGCGAGCAGGGUCGGGAUCUCGUGCAUGCGCUCACAAGGUUGAAUGUGAAGAAGGUCACUCAGUUCCGGAAGGACGGUGUUGAUGUUUUGGAGCAGGCAAUUUCCAAGCUCAGUCUUGUCAAGAAGCAGAAUGAUAAGCUCGCUAAGAAGGAGGCUGAUGUUGAGUCGAGGGAUUAG